UAAAAGAGAGUGAUCUUGUUCUUGUGACUGAACUUGUGGAAGAAAGUAAGUCCACUUUAGGCAAUCUUGGCAAGAGAAGUGUUAAACAAAUCGCUCUUGGAGACAAAGGAGAGAGUGAUUUGGAUAAGUCAGACUCAUUCAGACUAGACAACCUAACCAAACAGUUGUAAGGAAAUUAAAACAAGACCAUACUUCCAUCGCCACCCCAGGAUGCCCCUUUGUUAACGUAAAAACAUAGCUAAAUCCCUACUGAGACCCCCACAGUGGCCCAGAUUUUGUGCUCUACAUGUAGGUCAAACAGUUCGAAAAGGUCACAUGACGUAGUCUUUAUAUCCUUAUUUUUCAGAUUUUAUACGGUACGGGUCAAAAGCUAUCUCGCCAAAUUGUUGCAGGAAUGUACAACACUGGCCCAUUUAAUCAGGAUUUUCUAGAAAGAAUAUCACUCUUCCUUCGGCUGAAAAACAUUUUGAACAAUAUUACAUGACAUUGAGCACUUUUUAAGGGCAUUCAGAUGGGGCAGCUUUGUACAAUGCCUGAGGAGCUCUUCCAUUGUGCAACCUCUUAAUUCUCUUAUGGGGUGGAAAUUUGCUUCGGGAAUUCAUCUUUAAAACAAUAAUACGAGACGAACGUUGCCAAAGGGGAAAAGAAAGGGGGGGGGGGCUUAAAGGGUUUCUGUCAACAUGCAAUCUUAGCAAGUAACGUCAACAAAGUGAAUUAAUAUAUAUAUAUAUAUAUAUAUAUAUAUCAUAUGAUCUGCUAUUUGUUUCGCCAGUCGUUAUGAAACAUUCACAAAUUGAAACCAAAUGCAUUUGAAACCAGCAUGGAUAUGGCAUUUUAUUAAAUUCUUAAACUUUUCUAGUUAUCAAAAUUUGUCUACAACAAUUAAAAUUGACAAACCGUGUUCAGUGCCCCUGUCGGCGGGGAAGAAAGAGAUAGAAAGAGAGAGAGAUGGACAGACGGAUAGAGAGACACACAUACACACACAAAGAGAGAGA